AUGCCGCCAAAAAAACCAACUGGAUCAAACGCGGCAAAGAAGAAUACGAAAAACAAACGCCAACGAUCGUCCAACAGUGACAGCAACAACAACAACAAUGCCACUGUUGCUGCUUCGAAAAAACGUAAAGUCGAGCCCGAGAUCGAGUACGAAGACUUGAACAACCUUGAUUCUUGGGAUUGGAGUGAGGUACCCACUUCGUCCAUGGUGACCGAUGAUCUGGGUGGAUUUUUAUGCCUGGAAGAGAUUGACGACGUUCAUGUUGAGUAUGAAGGAGACGACACCACUGGCAAAGUAGCCAAGUUUAAGCGUGUCAAGAAAGCCGAUAGAAAGACAGGAAAGCGUGCCCAACCGGAGAUGCCGUUGGGUGUCGAGGAUAUGAAGGAUUUCUACGAUGUCGAUACGUUUGACGAAAAGCUGGCUGCUGAGGAUCAAAAGAAUAGAACAGAGGCCAACGAUGACGAUGAGCCAAUGUCUGAUGAGCAACCUAUGGAGGAGGAUAAUGAAAACGACGACCAGGCUGUUGGUGCUGCUGUCGACGGAAAUGAUGAGGAGGAAAAAGAGGAGGAAAAGCCAAAGGAGAAACCGGCCAAGAAAGAUAAAGCACGAGACAAGAAGAUGAAGAAAUUGGAGCAGCUGAAGAAACAGAUGGAGCAACUCGAGGCAUCGUUGGCUGACGAAGACAAGGAGAAGCAACCUGCAAAAGAAAGCAAAAAGAACAACCGUCCUUCUGUGGAAGAUAUCGAUAAGAGCGUCGAUGUGUCGGCUUGGAAGUCUUUGAAAUUGAUCAAGCCUAUUAUGAACGCUCUCAAGUACAACAAGUUCACCGCCCCAACUCCAAUCCAGCAGGAGACAUUGCCCUUGGCAUUAGCUGGCCGCAAUGUGAUUGGUGCUGCUGAAACUGGUUCCGGUAAAACACUUGCAUUUGGUAUUCCUAUCGUGCAACACGUUGCCAAGUCCCAAGAACGAAGCGGUGAUCUGGCUGGCCUUAUUUUGACCCCUACGAGAGAACUAGCUAUUCAAGUCAAAGAGCACAUUGAAAAAGUUGGCGUGUUUGCAGAUAUUAAGGUGGCUGUUAUUGUCGGUGGCAUGUCUAUACAAAAGCAGCAGCGUAUGCUCAAAAACAAACCAGAUAUCAUUGUGGCAACUCCUGGUCGAUUAUGGGAGGUCUUUUCCGGGAGCGAAACAUUUAUGGAUAUGCUGAAGCACAUCAAAUAUCUGGUUUUGGAUGAAGCCGAUCGCAUGCUUGAAAAGGGCCGUUUCGAAGAGCUUACAAAUAUCUUGGAUAUCCUAUCAAACAAGAAGCAGGACACUACUGAUUGGCCUGAAGAGUCUGAGGGUAGCAAGACCCGCGUUGUUAAGAGAGACCUUGAGAGCUAUCAGACAUUCGUGUUCACUGCUACAUUGGGCAAAGAUAUCCGAUACAACAUUAAGAGUAGGAAGAAGGUGGGCAAGAAAGCACCAGGAUCCAUGGAGGAUUUGUUGGAACGUCUGGAGUUAAUUGACAAGGAUCCGGCAAUCGUUGAUAUUACAACUGAAGGAGUGGUCGCUUCUCGUUUGGUUGAAGCCAAGAUUGAGUGUCUCAAGAACGAAAAGGAUCUUUACGUCUACUAUUUCGUAACACGUUAUCCUGGCCGUACGAUUGUGUUUGUUAACAGUAUUGACGCACUGCGUCGAUUGAUACCUAUCUUUAAGCUUCUUGACGUUGAAGUCCUGGGUCUCCAUGCACAAAUGCAGCAGAAACAACGUUUGAAGAAUCUGGAUAGAUUCAAAGCAAACAAGAACGCUGUGUUGAUGGCUUCCGAUGUGGCUGCUCGUGGUUUGGAUAUUCCUUUGGUAGACCAUGUCAUCCAUUAUCAACUUCCCAGAUCGGGUGAGAUUUAUGUCCAUCGAAGUGGUCGUACAGCCCGUGCUAACCACGAGGGUGUAUCGCUCCUACUCUGUGCUCCCGAUGAGCUGAAGCUCUACACGAAACUGUACAAGACACUUAAAAAAGGUGCUCACUAUCCCGACUUUCCAGUGGACGUGGGCAUUCUCAAUGAAAUGAAGAAGCGGGUAGCACUUGCGACUGAAAUUGAUAAACUCGAACAUCGAGAGCAAAAGUCAUCUCACGACGAAAACUGGAUGCGAAAGAUGGCAGAAGAGAUGGAUGUUGAAUUUGACGAAGAAGAGCAUACAAAACCCAACAAAAAGAGCAGCAAGAUCAAGAUCCUAAACAAAAAGGGAGAACUCAAGCAUCUUUUGGCUCAACCUAUGCUGCCAUUUGGCGUAUCCCGGAAAUAUAUCACUAAUGGCAUUAUUACGGAUUUGGUGGAUCGACUCAUUGAGAACAAUAAAGACGUGCUUCUGCCCGCUCAUGCACAAACCAAUGCACUCGAAACCAUCGCCGCUGGAAAAGCCAAUUAA